GCCAGGUCCCCGCGCAGCCCACGUCGGGUGGCAGAGCAGGCGCCGAGAUGCCCUUCGUGGAGCUGGAGACGAGCCUGCCGGCCGCGCGCCUCUCCAGCGACCUGCCGGCCAAGCUGUGCUCGGAGGUGGCGGCCGCUCUGGGCAAGCCCGAGGAGCGGGUGAGCGUGACGGUGAAGAGCGAGCUGCAGAUGGUGCUGGGCGGCUCGGCCGCGCCCUGCGCCCAGCUGAUCGUCUCCUCCAUCGGCGUGGUGGGCUCGGCCGAGCAGAACAGGGCGCACAGCGCGCGCCUUUUCGACUUCCUCACGCGGGAGCUGGCGCUCGGCGCCGACAGGAUCCUCAUUCGGUUCUAUCCCCUGGAAUCGUGGCAGAUCGGCAAGAAUGGGACCGUCAUGACUUUCUUGUGAGGCGUGCAGAGUCAGUCCGCGAAGCGAACUCCCGUGGAGCACCGGCACCGGCAGCCACAAGCCUACUGUGACUCAUGCACUAAAAGCAACUCUGCCCUUUCCCCUUCCAAUCCGUAAUGUGGUUGUCAUUAAAAGCUGGAUGAAACAUAAAGGGCAUUAAAAAGGCAUGCUACAGGCGCCAAUAGUUUUGUUCAUAGCUCCAUACAGCAAAAAUUUCAAGGGUGAAAGCAUUUCUGAUCUCAUGUAGAAGUUUAUAAUACAGUCAGAAUUACCUGAUCUUAAUAAUAGGAAAACUCUGUAUAUCUGUACAUUUCAUUCCUAUCAAAUGAAAAUCUGCCAGACAAUAUAAACAUAUUAACUAGUGUAACUGAAAUGCUUCAUAAUAGAAAUUUAAAUUUGGAACCCCUAGUCCCCGUUUUUCUUUAUUUCUGUUUUUUAUAUUAUUACAUCGGGGAUUUUUUUAAAAAACAAACUCACUAAUUACUUUUUGCUAUUUUUUAAAAGCCGUUGCAUGGGAUGUAAAUAGGAAUGGAAUGAAACCAGAAGUUUAAAUUUUGGGAGCAAUGCCAUUUUGACAGCAGCAAAACCUCCCAAAACCAGAAAGGCAGAAAGAUUCCUAUGAAUAUUUAAUUUGCUUCAUAACUGAGAAAUGGUGUCUUUUAGCCAGGCAUGUGUAGUUUCAUGCAUAGUUUUCUGCCUAAAUAUUUUCAUGCCCUAGUAACCUAUGCAAAUUGAGAUAUCUUGCUAAGAUGAUUUUGUAUUUGGCCAUCCAUAUUUGUACACAAGAUUUCUGUUUUUUCAUAGUUACCUUUAACACCUGAAAUUUUACCAUAGUUGCUUAUUUUCAUUUGAAUUUCUUGAAGUGACAUUUCAGGAUUACUAAUGACAAUUGUCACAUCAUCUGCAAAUAAUUGCAUUUGUUGUAUAUUCCUCUUGUAUAGGUUUCCCCAACAUUUCUUUAUCCUCUUCUAAUAAUUUAGGUAGUUUUAAAUGCUGAAGAAAUGACUGUAUUUAUUUUGGGUUAUCUGAAGAACACAAUUUAAUAUAAUAGUUCUUAAAUUCCUCCAGUAACUUUUCUUCUCUUGCAACAAAUUUCCCAUUACACUUUUAAAAAUAAAAGGAACAAUUUCUUCUUA